UUCCCAGCCAGGGAGGCAGCGCAAGGGAACCUGCUUUGUGCAGACAGUAGCUAUGACAGUAAAGCUCUUUUUGGGAGGAGAACGGAGCUCAGCUCAGCUCUUUGGUAAUGUGAUUCUUCAGCUGCCAGGAGAAAGGGAGGCCGCCUGCCCGGUGAUUGGGAAGAAAUCUCGUUGUCUUUGUGACUAGCCAUGCUUGCCAACUCGGCCACGAUGCGGAUCCUCAUCAAGGGGGGGAAGGUGGUGAAUGACGACUGCACCCUGGAGGCUGAUGUCUACAUUGAGAAUGGCAUCAUCCAGCAAGUGGGCCGGGAGCUCAUGAUCCCGGGAGGGGCCAAGGUCAUCGACGCCACCGGGAAGCUGGUGAUUCCAGGCGGCAUCGACACCAGCACUCACUUCCACCAAACCUUCAUGAACGCCACCUGUGUGGACGACUUCUACCACGGCACCAAGGCUGCUCUGGUCGGAGGGACGACCAUGGUCAUUGGCCACGUGCUGCCUGACAGGGAGACCUCCCUCCUGGACGCCUACGAGAAGUGCCGGAGCCUGGCCGACCCCAAGGUCUGCUGUGACUACGCCCUGCACAUGGGCAUCACCUGGUGGGCCCCCAAGGUGAAGUCGGAGAUGGAGAGCCUGGUGCGGGAGAAGGGGGUGAACUCCUUCCAGAUGUUCAUGACCUACAAGGACCUGUACAUGCUGCGGGACAGCGAGCUCUACCAAGUCUUCCUCGCCUGCAAGGACAUUGGCGCCAUUGCCCGGGUGCACGCUGAGAACGGGGAGCUGGUGGCAGAGGGUGCGAAGGAGGCACUGGAUUUGGGCAUCACGGGACCAGAGGGAAUCGAGAUCAGCCGACCGGAGGAGCUGGAGGCUGAAGCCACGCACCGUGUGAUCACCAUCGCCAACCGGACUCACUGCCCCGUCUACCUGGUCAAUGUAUCCAGCAUGUCUGCCGGCGACGUCGUGGCUGCCGCUAAGAUGCAAGGGAAGGUGGUGUAUGCAGAGACCACCACGGCGCACGCCACGCUGACGGGCCUGCACUAUUAUCACCAGGACUGGUCCCACGCUGCCGCCUACGUCACCGUGCCGCCCCUGCGGCUGGACACCAACACCUCCACCUACCUCAUGAGCCUGCUAGCCAACGAUACCCUGAAUGUUGUGGCUUCAGACCACCGGCCUUUCACCAGCAAGCAGAAAGCCAUGGGCAAGGAGGACUUCACCAAGAUCCCGCACGGCGUGAGCGGAGUGCAAGACCGCAUGAGCGUCAUCUGGGAGCGGGGUGUGGUCGGGGGGAAGAUGGACGAGAACCGCUUUGUAGCCGUGACCAGCUCAAAUGCAGCCAAGAUCCUCAACCUGUACCCACGGAAGGGCCGCAUCAUCCCUGGGGCCGACGCAGACAUUGUGGUGUGGGACCCUGAAGCCGCCAGGACCAUCUCUGCCAGCACCCAGGUGCAGGGGGGAGACAUCAGCCUGUACGAGAACAUGCGCUGCCACGGGGUGCCGCUGGUCACCAUCAGCCGCGGGCGCGUGGUCUACGAGAACGGCGUCUUCAUGUGCGCUGAGGGCACUGGCAAAUUCUGCCCGCUCCGCUCCUUCCCCGACUCCGUCUACAAGAAGCUUGUCCAGCGGGAGAAGAGUAUAAAGCUUAGGGGCGUGGAGCGCAGCCCCUACCUGGGGGACGUGGCUGUGGUUGUGCAUGCUGGGAAAAAGGAGACGGGGACUCCACUUGCAGAUACCCCCACCCGACCUGCCACUCGACACGGGGGCAUGAGGGACCUUCACGAGUCCGGCUUCAGCCUAUCCGGUUCUCAGAUCGAUGACCACGUUCCAAAGCGAGCUUCGGCCCGGAUUCUCGCUCCCCCCGGAGGCAGGUCUAGCGGCAUUUGGUAAAACCAGCGACCUGUCCCCAAACUAAGGACGCAGCAGCAGCACCCCACUCCUCCUGCCGGCCCCGCCCCCACCGGAAGACCUGGCCGUGCCACCUCCACGCCCCCCCGGGCACCGAGACACCACAGUGCUGUCCUGCGGGCCGUGCCCUCCUGUGGGUGGGCCAUGGCAGGGACUGCCCUCAAUGUGUGGCCAUGCACCCGCAUUCAACCGCAGCUCCUUUCUGUGGGAUAACGUUUGCUUUGCAGGCUGCGCAGCUGGGCUCCUGGGCCCACGGCGUGCAGCGGGGGGCAGGUGGGGCGCUGGUGCGAGCCGGGCCAGGCUGGGGGAGGGAGGGAGGGCGGCCUCUACGUUCCAUUUUCUGUUUGCACGUUGGAUUUGGAUCAGUGAGUUUUGACUUGUUUGUGCAUCAUGUGAAAAUAAUCCCAGGUGGUUUGUGUCAUUAGCGUUAGGGGAGAAGCGGGAGAAAGGCCGGGCCCCACGGCAGGAAGGGGGCGCAGGACCUCCCCCAUCAGGCUGCUGAUUCCGUGCUAUGGACAGCAGGCUCAGCAAGGAGGGUGAGGCCCCGCUCCCUGGUACACAUGGAGCAAGGGCCCUCGACUAUGGCCAGAUGUGCUACCCUCCCACCUCUGGCAGUGCCAGUGGGCUGGCCCUGUUCCCCCUCCCCCCUCCGGCAGUGCCAGUGGGCUGGCCCUGUUCCCCCUCCCCCCUCCGGCAGUGCCAGUGAGCUGGCCCUGUUCCCCCUUCGGCAGUGCCAGUGGGCUGGCCUAACUCCCCCACCACCGGCAGUGCCAGUGGACUGGCCCUGUUCCCACCCUCCCUGUAACAGUGUCAUUCGGCUGCUCCAUCAGCUGGGGCACCAUGGUGGGAGGGGACACUCCCUGCUCCCCAGAGACCUGUUAGUGGGGUCGCUCGCAGUGAAAUCAGACUGGCCCUGAGCCCCAGCUCGGGGGAUGGGAUGCUCCUGAGCCAACCCUGCCUUCUCCCAGCUCCAGGGGAGCCCCUUGCUAGCCCUGCAGGGUCAGCUCUGGGAUCCUCUCGGGGCACAUGAGAGCCGGCACCCCAGAGCGCAGCCAGUCCCUGCCUCGAGGCUCUCACAACCCAAGAGCCAGGGAGAUUUCUGGUGCCAGAGGCCAGCUGUUGGGGCAUGGGGGUCCCCUGGAGCCAGAGGCCGGCUCUUGGGGCGUGGGGUGGCCCCUGGUGACAGAGGAUGGCAUUGAGGGUGGGGGCCCCCUCAAGCCAGAGGAUGGCUGUUGGGGGCUGGGGGUAUCCCUGGAGCCAGAGGCCAGCUGUUGAGGGUGGGGGUCCCCUGGUGACAGAGGAUGGCUGUUGGGAGGUGGGAGAUCCCCUGGAGCCAGAGACUGGCCGUUAGGAGAUGGGGGGUCCCCCUGAGCCCAUUGUUCUUUUCCCAACCCUGUGACAUCCUUGCUGUCUGAACCUGCCACAGCCUCCAGGAGGCUCUGGCCCCCCAGCCACUGUGCUGCUGAUACACAGGCCCCACGAGUCCCCUCAUAUCUUCUGCUUGGCUGCCAUCCCUGAGGCCAGAGCCAGCCACUGGGACAUCCUCCUGGCUGCGGUGGCCGUCUUCCCUUUGCAGAGACCCAGGAGCAGCUGAGGCCCAGUGGCCGUCUGCUGGGCCUGGCUGAGGUGAGCAGGGUCUCUGCCUGGACGGCUGCCGCUCUGGGGGCUCAGGACUUGGCAGGAGUGACUCCUCCCAGUCUGGCUGCUCGCGGGUCGGAGUUCAGCCCUGCAUGCUGGGCAGAGGCUGUGCCAGGCGGUCAUGGACUGGGGCAUCCGGACACCACAGUGAACCCCAACUCAUCCAUCAGUGGAAGCAGCAAGGAAUCCAGCUCCCGAGCGUGUGCUGGCCACGGGAGUCCCAGCCAUGAGCCACGCCUCUCACAUAAUGGUGCUAAACCGUGUUGGCCGCGAGGCUGCACAUUCCUGUGCUUUAACCAUCUGCGUCUGGCAGAACAAGAACAAGCAGAAGCCCUGAGCCCGGGGGCCCAGGGCUGGUUCUCAGUGGACUCGAGCGACUUCUCCUGUGUUUCUCCUCCAUGUUCCUUUGGGGUAGCGUGAAAUGUGAAAUGUAACUUGUGCACUUUUUCCACUAGCUGGUACCUGUAGGUGUGGGAGCAGCCAGGCGGCGGUGCUGGCUCCCGGGCCUGGGGGUGUGGGAGCAGCCGGACGGGAGGCGCUGGCUCCCGGGCCCAGGGGUGUGGGAGCGGCUGGACAAGGGGUGCUGGC